AUGGCGGCCGUUCGUACGGCCCGGGAGAAGCUCCCGCAACUCAUGCAUCUCGCGGUGGGGCUGAAGGACACCUUCAACUUCGACGAGACGGCAUUGUACCUCUCCGUCCUGUCACGCAAGACCUUCGGCAAGGGGCGUACGGCGGGAAGGAAGGUGGCGAAGGCACGCCUCACCGUCGGAUUCCUCCACGUGGAAGGAGGCAACGUCGGCAAUGGCACCGCGGCCGGAAACGUCGACGACAUCGGGCUCGACGCGGAAGUGCACGACGUUGGCGUUCUGAUCGACCGACUAUGCCUCGGCUCUGGUGCGAUGGCCGUGGAGGAGUUCGUCGCCAUCGACGACACGACCUGCGCCGAGCCGGGAGAGGACCCCCUCGCGACCGAGCCGCAAGUGGCACCGGCUGGCGACAUGUGGGAGGCCCUGGCGACGAUGCAAGCUGUCUACGACGACACCAACCCGACGUGUCGCGAAGCGAGGCGCACGGCGCGCGCGGCGUGCGAGAUGCUUAUUGGCUAUGCGCGGGCCACCUGCAUCACCCUGGGGGACCUCUGCGUGCUUUUCGACAUCCGCAACCCCAUCAUCAUUGCGAGGAUGGAGCGAGCAAGCCCGCCACUUGAUCUCAACAUGACCCCGCCGCCCGCCAUGACUCACGAGGGCACUCCGCCGGCUGAGACCCCCCGUCGCCGUGGUCGCGUGCUGCCGGCGUGGAUGACGGUGCCCACCCCUGACUGGGUGGCGCAGUCAGCUUUUCGCCAGGAGCUGAUUGACGCUGGAGUCUGUCGUUAUGAGCGGCUUUUUGGCCGCCGCUGA